AUGUCACUUCUAACUAAAAGAGCUGUCCGCUCUAUCAACUCAGGCGUAUCCUGCAACGAUCUCAAGCCAACUGUGCAGAUCCUCGACAUCAAACUUCUCGGCACAACCCGCUACCGUCUCGUCAUUUCUGAUGGCGAUGACUAUGUCCAAGCCAUGGUCGGUGCCUCAAUCCAACAAAAAUUUGCCUCGGACGAAAUCGUUCAAUACCAAGUCAUCAAAAUUAAAGAAUUUUCUAUUGCAAAUGUAGGGGGCAUACAAUAUUAAAAAUGUUAGUUAGUGAUAGGUCUUAGCUCCUGCUCCGCAGGUCAGUGUCCUAUUUUCGAACUUAAGUGAUAGAGGUCGUGCCUCUUGAGAGUAUCGAAGAAGGAGAAGAGGUCAAUGCUGAGUCUGGCACUGACCAGAGAAGUCUUAACGGGUUUUUAACUUUAACGGUUCGACGGUUAUGCCGGUCCACCUACCGUUGUUCAGAGCUUGUUAAAUAAGUUGGACCUCAAGCAAGGAGACUGCAUCCAAGAGUAAUUCAUUUAAAACUAAACUUAAAUGUAGGCGGUAGGCCUAUUCUAAUUAUAGCAGACUUAGAGUCUGGUGUCUGUCUUGAGUCAACUGUAGGCGAGCCAAACAAGUUUGAGCUGAAUUUCGAAGAAAAAGAAGAAAUUAAGCAGCCACAAAUUAAACAGCCACAAAUUAAACAAAGUAAACUUCCUGAGCCAAAAAUAUUCAAUAAAGAGUCUUAUAUUCCAAUAAAAGCUUUAACUACCCUUAAUGAUGAUUGGAUUUUAAAAGCAAGGGUAACACAAAAAGGAGCUAUAAAAUCUUGGGAUAAUCCAAGGGGAUCUGGGAAGCUAUUUAAUGUAAAUUUGAUUGAUAGCUAUAACGAUGAAAUACAAGCAACUUUUUUUAAAGACGCGGUGGAUAAAUUUUAUCCGAUAAUUCAGGAAGGAAAAGUGUAUACUUUUGCAAAAGGAAGGGUUAAACUAGGGAAUAAAAAAUUCCAGACUGUAGAUUGUGAGGAAAACAAUUAUUAAAUUUAUUUUAAAUUAAUAAAUAUAUUUUAGAAAAAAAUUUAACACCAUAUUGUGAUUAUCAAAUAAGUUUUGAUAAAAACGCUGAAAUUAAUGAAGUAGCUGAUGAUGCCGGGAUUUUAUCUGUAAAGUUUAAUUUCAACUUAAUCGAUAAGCUCGAGCAUAUAGGCAUAGGGAAUAUUACAGAUUUAUGUGGAGCUAUUAUUGAGGUAGAUGAAUUAUCAGAGUUCACCUCAAGAAAGGGAGAACCUUUAAAGAAAAGGGUUAUUAAAGUGAUGGAUCCUUCUAAUUGCGCUAUAGAAAUAUCCCUAUGAAAUGAAGAAGCUGAAAGCCCUAUAUUUCAUGAUCCAAAAUUGCCUAUAUUUUUCGCUGCUAAAUACUUAAGGAUAACCGACUAUCAUGGCUUAUCCCUCUCUUCAGACAGAGGAAACACCAAAAUAAUAUAUAACCCUAAAAACAUUGAAGAAACCAAAAAAUUCAUUGACUGGUUCAACCGAGGUAUAGAUAAAGAAAAUGCAAAAUAUCUCACACAAGGCUCAUCAAGUGCACCUAAAGAGUACAAACAAUUCUCAGAUUUAAAUAAUUUUUGGAAUAAUUAUGAUGGGCCUCAGCUAGAAGAAAAUACAGGCUUCAUUGGCUAUAUAGGAUUUAUUAGGCGGGAUGAUCCAAAUUUAAUGUUUUACACAGCUUGUAAAAAUGCGCAAAAUUGUAAGAAAAAAGUGAUUUUGGAAAGCAAUGGAUUUUAUAGGUGCGAAAAAUGCCAGGAAUCGUUCGAGCAGUGCCAGUAUAGAUAUUUGCUAAGUGUAAGGCUACAUGAUCAUUCAGAUGCAAUCUGGGCUACUGCAUUUGACGAUAUUGGCACCCAGCUUCUUAAAUGCUCAGCGUCAGACCUUAAAAAGCUAUCAGAUGAAGACCCCGAACAAUUCGAAAAAGUCGUCGCAUCAGCCCAAGGCAAAAUGUAUCAUGGCGCUAUCAAAACAAAAUCAGCUGAAGGUCAAGGAAACAAGCCAAGAAUGGCGAUAAAUUCUCUUGAGCCUCAUAAUUCUGCAAAAGCAUUAGAGCUCUACAUGAAAGAGAUAGAUUCAUAUAUUCAAAAUAAUUAG